CUUGUUCGGGAAGCGACUUGUCACCCUUUGAUCGCAACUUCUUCUGUCGGCUUUCGGUUGCAAGAACCUUACUGCUUGCAACUAUGCCUUUAGAAAAUUAAUCUUCUUUUUCUACUGCAUCACUCAACGUAGCAGACGAUUUCCCCUCUCUCUGGACUAUGACAUAGCUAGCUACUGGCUACUAGGGCAAGUCUAACUCACGCUAAUGCACAGUGCAAAGUGGGGCUACCCCCUUUCACCCUAAUAACGUACCGUACUGUAAGACUAGAAUAGAAGAGAGUUGGUCAUUCCCAGUGGCAUUCUGGCGUUCUGGCCAUGAAGAAGCAAGACCACCCUACCUUCUGAAAGGCCAAACAACACGAUAGAAGAUAGAUGGAAUUGAUCCUAUGAAUAGACAUGCAUUCUGUCCUCGAAUAUCAACACCUUGCUUGCCAAACACCACCAUUGGGUUGUGGUGGAUUGAAUCGAAUCGAAUCAGAAUCGAAUCAUUUCAAUCGAUUCCGAUUGGGCCGAAACAUUAAAAAAAAAAAAUGCCAACACCAACAGUAGUCUAGAAACAGUUUUCGAGACCUUCUGGACUGACGCGUCAUGACGUUACGUUUAAAAAAACACAAUAUAUUAUGGAGGCUAGUCUAGCUAGCUAGACUAGCUAGCUAGUAGUAAAGUAAAACACAAGUGUGACCUUCAUGGACCUUCGAUGCCAAACGAGGCAUUCAAUGGUUUAUCUCCGAUAAAGAGCAACAAUGCAAGAGUCAAUGCCACUCUCCGAGUACGAGAAAUGGGUCGGUCGCCUCUAUCGAACACCUUUGUUUCACCCAAGCAAUCCCAGAAACGGUCAAAUCCGAAUGAAAAAGUUGCAUGGUCUGUUGGGAAGUCCAAUGAAUGAUCCAGAUAUCGCCAUCAUGCACAUUGCUGGAACAAACGGCAAAGGCAGCGUCGGACUGAAAUUGGCCACAUCCUUCACUGCAUUGGGUUUUUCCAAUGUUGGUCUCUACAGCUCCCCACACGUCUCUUGUUUCCGAGAGCGCAUUCAGUGGACCAACGGGCAAUUGAUUAGCGAAGACGAAGUAGCAGAGGGCUUGGCAACAUUGUUUGGCUUAUGCCAAGAACACGACAUUCCUGCAACCUUUUUUGAACUCGUCACACUCUUGGCGUUUCGCUACUUUCAUCAAUGUCACACAACAAACGCUUCCCCUCCGUCUUCUGGGAAAAUGAAAAAGACCAUUAUCGUACUGGAAACUGGACUGGGAGGUCGUUGGGAUGCAACCAAUGUCAUUGAAGCACCCAUGCUGGCGAUUAUUACGUCGAUUGGACUGGAUCAUACCAACGUUUUGGGGACGACCAAACAACAAAUUGCUCUGGAGAAGGCGGGAAUUAUGAAACCACAGAGUUUGGUUUUGGUCGGAUACCAGGUUCCUCAUGACACCCUGCGACAAUACGCCAAGGAACACGGAAUAAUGCACUACCACACUACCGAGGAAGUACUCGCAAGGGAUGUCUCUACCACAAAUGGCAAUUCAAUCAGCAAUGGCCAAGACAGUGCAUCAAAGGACGCUAUGGAUUAUAACGCCACCAAUACCCGCAUUGUGCAGGCCGCUCUCCUCUUAUUACAACAACACAGUGCACUGGACUUGCCAUCCGAUAUACCACCGGAACUUUUACAGAAGGCAAUCUCAGUGCGGCCGCCGUGUCGCUUCGAAACCGUCCAAAACACCCAAGGUCACAAGACAAUGGUUAUUCUAGAUGUGGCACACAAUCCACCGGCUAUGCAAGCGCUCGUCUACAAGCUUCAAACAGCAAACCCCGAUAAGAAGAUAAGGGUUGUUCUUGGCGUUUCCAAAGACAAGGACUGGAAAGGUGUUUUGGAUGCUUUGAUUCCCUUGACGGGUGCAGCAGCAGGACCCAACAACAAUGACAAUGACUCCGCCAAAAGUUCACUACUGACGAGGGUUCAUCUUGUGCAAGCCUCCCAUUACAAAGCACUGCCUUUGGUACAGCUUGUCCAGGACAUUGAAGAUCAAGCUAAGCGCGAACAUACGGCUUUGGAUACUGGACUCUUGCGGUACAAUCUACAAGAUCCCACUGUCAAAUCAGGGCUUCUUGAUGCGAUGAAGUUCGCACAAAGGGACGAACUGAUUGUCGUUUGUGGGAGUGUCUUCUUGAUGGCUGAGGCGAGACGUACCCUGGGUAUACAGGAGCCAUGUGAUUCUGACUACUUGAUGGAGAUCCUUCGAAGUGGCGGUGGUGCGUCAGUUUUCCCGGGUUCAUUGAAGCAUGAGGGAGUGAUCGCUUUUGGAAACGGGGAACGAGCACCGCCUCGAUGAAGAGGCGAAGUUGGGUUGGGACCAACAAGAAGUGUAUUAAGUUCGCGCACAGUUAUGACCAUCAAGAAUUGCCUUUGCGAUUUCUCUGGGGAUGUUCAAAGCCAUGGUCAGGCAUCAUUUUGUUGUUUUAAUUUGCCCCGGUGACAAUCAAGGACUGGGUAACACUGUAUGCCCAAAAGGGCGGAACCUCCCUUUGCCUCAAUGCCAUGCUAUGAUAUCCUAUGCUAUUUUGAGCUCGGGUUGGUGCUACCACGCCCACGAAGACGAAGACAAUGACCAAUGAUCUUUUUUACCUCUGUACUCUGUACUCUAACGAGGCUGAGUCGAGUCCACCAGCGAAUGGGAGAAGUGGAUCCAGUUUCCCGUUGCGCCCCUUCGUAAAAGUUGGCGACGUUGCGAUGUAUUGGGUAUUGGGUGAUGUGUGCAGUAGCCCUCCUCUAAAGCUAAAAUUGUGUCUAUGUUUUU